AUGCAACCAGCGAUAUACGCAGCCUUUAUCGGGCUACUAAUCGCCGUGUAUAUACUCAGACAGCGUACACGAACUCCAUCUCUACCUCUACCACCCGGUCCCAAACCACUACCCUUGAUCGGCAAUGUCCACCAAGCGCCCAAGUCUCAUGCAUGGAAGACAUAUCGUGAAUGGAGCAAGAAGUACGGAUCCAUUGUUCAUGUCAACAUGAUGGGACAGUCGGUCAUUAUUGUAUCUACAUCUGAAGUAGCGCAUGAACUCCUAGCGAAGCGUGGAGCAAUAUUCUCGGAUCGACCGCGGCUUUUCUUGGCGACAGAACUAGCGUUGAAAGGACUCAACGUCCUCAUGAUGAACUACACCAAGCAAUUCCAGCAACAUCAGAGACUCCAAGUUUCCGUCUUGAAUGCCACUCCGGCGGCAGCCUAUUUUCCUUUUCAGGCUUUGGAAUCGCGGCAAUUGAUGCACGACCUUCUGACGCAGGCAGGCGGCUCCGGCGCUGAUGUCCGAGGAAUCUUCUUGCGUGCAGUGGCUAGUACAAUCCAUUCCUUACUAUAUGGCUUCCGCAUCAGAGAACUCAACGACCCUGUUCUCCGCGCCAUCGUAAGGCUUAACGAUGAGUUUUCUGAUUUCAUCCAAGUGGGUGCGCAUAUUGUGGAUCAGUUCCCAGUAUUGAACCAUCUGCCUGGCUUCCUAGCGCCAUGGAAAGUGAAGGCUGAGAAUCACUACAAGACCAAAUACGAGCUGCGCGACAAGAACUUCAAAGAAGGCCUCGAGUCGGAUGCUUGGAACAUAUCGAAACAUCUGAAAAAGGUCGUUGAGAAAGAUGAUGCGCUUGAUAUGCCUCUGCACGAACUCGCGUUUGAGCUUGGGACCAUGAUCGAUGCUGCAUUGGACGGUACGACGGAUAGCCUAAUCUGGUUCGUCGUUGCAUGCAUUACUCAAGAUCAAAACUUCAUCACAAAAGCGCGCAAGCAGCUAGACGCUGUCGUUGGCCGUGAUCGUCUUCCAGGCCCAGACGACAAGCCCAACCUACCAUACAUCACUGCCAUUGUCGAGGAAAUCUUCCGUUGGCGACCCGCUGGUCCCGAGGGCGUUCCUCAUCUGAACAAGGAGGAAACAAUCUACAAAGGCUACAGAAUCCCCAAGGAAUCCGUAAUUGUGCCAAAUGUGUGGACAAUAUCCCGUGAAGAAUCCCUUUUUGGCCCUCAUGAUCCGGACGAGUUCGUGCCUGAUCGCUGGCUUGAAGCUGAUGGUACUACGUUCAAGGCCUUACCCGCCGCGGCGUUCGGAUACGGAAGACGGACUUGUCCUGGACGAUAUUUUGCGCGUAAUGGUAUCUGGAUCGUGGUUGCGCAGUUGUUAUGGGCGUUUGAUAUCAAGGCUGGUUUGUCGGAUGAGACUGGUGAGUCGGUUGAUGUUGAUCCGAUUGCGUGUACCUAUGGGCUUGUAAUGAGGGCUUUGCCGUUCAAGGCAAGGUUUGUGCCGAGAGGGCCCUGGGUGAGUGAAAUUGUUGGUCGUGAUGGUGAUACGUAUGGUGUGGAUUAUGAGGAUCUGCUCAAUGAGAUUGGGCUGGAGUUUGAUAAGCAGUGA